AGAGAUAUCUAUUUUUUCUUAUUUUUAUUUUUCUGACGACAAUCCGGUCCUAAGCCCCUCGAGGCUGUUGUUUCCGGACGGUAUAUUUUUGCGAACGUACUCCUCGUCUCGCCCAGCAGCUACAAUACCAGAUCAUGGAGUUCGCUGAGCUGAUAAAGACCCCCAGAGUGGACGGGGUGGUCCUGCACCGACCCUUUAUGCCCACCGUGGAGGGAACUCUGUGUUUAACCGGCCACCACCUGAUUCUCUCCUCCAGACAGGACAACACAGAGGAGCUUUGGCUGCUCCAUUCAAACAUAGACUCCAUAGAGAAAAGAUUUGUUGGCUCCCUUGGAAGCAUCAUAGUCAAGUGCAAAGACCUGAGGGUUAUUCAGCUUGACAUUCCUGGCAUGGAGGAGUGUCUCAACAUCGCCAGCUCCAUUGAGGCUCUGUCCACACUGGACUCUGUCUCUCUGAUGUAUCCUUUCUUCUACCGGCCCAUGUUUGAAGUCAUAGAGGACGGGUGGAAUUCAUUUCUUCCUCAGGACGCCUUUAAGGACCUGGAGUCCAUGACGGAUGAGUGGAGACUGAGCGAUGUCAACAAAGACUUCACCGUGUGCCAGUCUUACCCCCGUCUCGUGGCAGUCCCGAAGAACAUCGACGACGACACGCUGAAGAAAGUGGCCACGUUCCGCCACAGCGGCCGCUUCCCGGUGCUAAGCUACUACCACAAGAAGAACGGCAUGGUGAUGAUGCGGGCGGGGCAGCCCCUCACCGGCACCAACGGCCGGCGCUGCAAGGAAGACGAGAAGCUAAUCAACGCCACGCUGAGGCCAGGGAAACGGGGAUACAUAAUCGACACGCGCACCAUCAACGUCGCCCAGCAGGCCAAGGCUCGAGGCGGCGGGUUCGAGUCUGAGGGGAACUACCCCCAGUGGCGACGGAUCCACAAAGCCAUUGAAAGGUACAACGUCCUCCAAGAAAGCCUGAUUAAGCUGGUGGAGGCCUGCGGCGAUCAGUCCCACAGCAUGGACCGCUGGUUAAGCAAGCUGGAGGCCUCCAACUGGCAGACUCACAUCAAGGAAAUCCUCACCACUGCUUGCCUGGCGGCCCAGUGCAUCGACAGGGAGGGCGCAUCGGUGCUUGUCCAUGGAACAGAAGGGACGGACUCCACCCUGCAGGUGACCUCCUUGGCUCAGAUCAUCCUGGAUCCGGGGUGCAGGACCGUUAAAGGCUUCCAGGGUCUAGUGGAGCGAGAGUGGCUCCAGGCAGGCCACCCGUUCCGGCAGCGCUGCGGCCAGUCUGCCUACUCCAACAGCAAGCCUCGGCAAGAAGCUCCUGUCUUCCUGCUCUUCUUGGACUGCGUGUGGCAGAUCCUUCGGCAGUUUCCUUGCUCCUUUGAGUUCAACGAGAGCUUCUUGGUGCUGCUCUUUGAACACGCCUAUGCCUCUCAGUUUGGUACUUUCCUGGGUAACUGUGCAGCUGACAGAGCCAGACUGUCACUUCCUGAGAAGACGGUAUCACUUUGGUCGUGGGUGAAUCGGCCACAGGAGCUGGAGCGUCUCACCAACCCCCUUUACGAGGCCAACAGUCUUGUGAUUUGGCCCUCCGUGGCUCCUCAGAGUCUGCUCCUGUGGGAAGGAGUUUUCCUUCGCUGGAACCGCUCGUCCAAGUGUUUGGACGAGGCUUACGAUGAAAUGGUCCACAUAAUCGAAUACAACAAGGAGCUUCAGAACAAAGUGAACAGCCUGCGCCGGCAGCUGGCUCAGCUGGAAACCGAAGAUCCCCUGCUGAACACGCCAUAGAGAGAGAGAGAGAGAGAGAAAGGUAGCAAGAUGGUUUAAAGGCGGAGAAAAUGUCCAAAUAACUACAGAAAGGUCACGUUCAUUAUGUCCUUUGGCUUUAAUAAAGCUUAAGUGAUUCUCAGAUAUUUCAAAAUAAAUUCAGUCUUUUUGGUUUUAAGUGAAUUUAGGUAUUGAUUGCACAACGAGCAUUUGUGGGGUCAAUUGUUUAACGCGCACGUUUCUGAUAUGGGCUUCUUAACAAGCUUGGAUUAAAGCACUUCAUCUCACCGUAAUCUUGUGUCGUAAUACAUGAAGCUUUGCACACGCAGAAAAAAAAAACCCUAAAUCGCGCUUGACUUAUUAGCAGAUUUUUACUUUAGCAAAGCAUAAUCAAACCUAACUCCAAAUUUCUAAUCAUAUUCAGUUUUCUCAUAUAUGUAUAUGUAUAUAUUCGGGGUUUACAUUUCUGCCAAGCAUGCUGCCAAAUGUAUACGGCAUUAAGGCGCUGCAGCGUUUCUAUGGCAGCAUGCGUGGUGUUGUAAGGUGUUCGGAUGAAACGUGUAGGUUGGGUCAGCACCUUCUGUACUGUACAACAGCUGAGUUUUACGGAGUAGAAACAUCUGCUAUGUUUAACAGGUUUUUCGUUGGAGCUCGAGUUGGUAGCAUGAAAUUAUACAUAUAAGUAACAACUCAAAACAUUUAGUUUAUCCCAUCCUUGAACAUAAAAUGAUGCUAUCCAAUAGAAAUAUUGCUGAAGUUUGUAAUGCAGGACCAUUUUAAUGAUGGUGCUGUGGCAAAAGGGGCCCGUUUCUGAGAGUCGAUCCCAUUGACGUUCAUCUGCUUGAGUCUGUACUAAAGGAAGAUGUUGCUUCAAAGACCUAUACGUGUUUUGUCUAAAUAAUUGUUUAAUACUGUUGAGUUAAAAUGUAUUUGUGGGCUAUUAGGUACCUGACGCACUUUUUUAUUUGUUUUAUUUAGCGUGUACAAAGUCAUAUUGAGUCUCAUAGAUAUCAUGUCCAACAGUUGUACUGAAAAAGUAAAAUCAUGCCAAUAUUUAAAAUGGGUGUUAGUACAGACAACACAUUCCACAGUAGAAAUCUUUAGGACUUUUAAGUCAUGGGACAUGUUUUUUUUUUUCAUUUUUUGCUUUAAAGUAUGUUCACUUUGUGGAAAUAUGUAUUUUUUUUUUACUAGUUUACAGUAAAUAUCCUUGUCCCUUGUGUGUUCUGUGUGUAUUUUUACGUUUGCCAAACAACCUUUGACCUUUAAAUCAUUCAAAUUACAUUUUGAAGAAAGGCAAACCAUGUCGGAGAUAAACCAGCGUUUUGUUUACACGUGGCAAAACAUUAACCAAAAAAAAAAAAAAAAAACUCUUUUCAUUUCAUCUUUUGGGAUUUUUGUGUGUCGCAGACCUCUUUCUCAUUUCAGUUUCAUUACUUUUCAAACUGGGUUAUCGUAAUUUGUUUGCUUCAGCUAAAGAAGCAGGAAAUCAACGCUAUCCUCGUGACUGACGGCUGGUUAAAAGAAGAAAAAAAAAGUACCGCAAAUUCCAGUUUAAAAUUGCUUCUCCCAUUAGGUUCUUGUCAUCACGACACUAGUUCAUUCCCUGACUUUGUGAGAAUACAAGUUUUCCCCUUGAGUUUUCACUAAAUGCUGCUUUAACCUGUCGGUCACAAUGUUCUGGAUUAGCCGUGUUCAGAAAGCUUCAUGCUGCUCUCUGGUUAUUUCAUCAAAACGUGGAUCAGGGGUACGCAUUAGAAGCGCUGUUGUCAAUGACUAAAUGCAUUAUAUGUGUCUUUGUUUAAGUAUAAUCUGCACACCGUAGCUCACCUUAAGGGUUAUGUACUGUAAUAAUCACACUAAAGGACUUUUAAAUUGCAUUGCUAUGUGUUACCCUCAGCCAAAAAUCCAGCUUUUUCUUUGCUACGGUGGAAUUGGUGGUAAUUGUACAAAUUCAAGCUUGCAUUUAUAUCUCUGAUUUUUAUAUCUGUAAAGAAUCAAUGAAUGAACUCUAAAAAAAAAAACAA